AUGACCGAUCUUCAGGGACGCAAGGUCUUCAAGGUGUUCAACCAAGACUUCAUUGUCGACGAGAGAUAUACCGUGACGAAGGAGCUGGGGCAGGGGGCCUAUGGUAUUGUCUGUGCCGCCGUGAACAAUCAGACCAGCGAGGGCGUUGCCAUCAAAAAAGUCACCAAUGUGUUCAGCAAGAAGAUUCUUGCCAAACGGGCAUUGCGAGAGAUUAAGCUGCUGCAACACUUCCGCGGACACCGCAAUAUUACCUGCCUUUAUGAUAUGGACAUUCCUCGCCCCGAAACCUUCAACGAGACGUAUCUGUACGAAGGUCGGUGCACGCCCCCCCGGCCAACAAGCCAAAACUGUCUCGCUGCUGACUCUUGCAAAGAAUUGAUGGAGUGCGACCUGGCUGCCAUUAUCAGAUCUGGCCAGCCAUUAACGGACGCCCAUUUUCAAUCCUUUAUCUACCAAAUUCUUUGUGGCCUCAAAUACAUCCACUCAGCCAAUGUGCUCCACCGUGACUUGAAGCCGGGCAACCUGCUGGUCAACGCCGACUGCGAGCUCAAGAUUUGUGACUUUGGCCUCGCUCGCGGCUUCUCGGUCGACCCAGAGGAGAAUGCCGGAUACAUGACGGAAUACGUUGCUACCAGAUGGUACCGAGCCCCAGAGAUCAUGUUGAGCUUCCAGAGCUAUACCAAGGCCAUUGAUGUCUGGUCUGUUGGCUGUAUUCUCGCCGAGCUCCUCGGCGGCCGACCUUUCUUCAAGGGCCGAGACUACGUCGAUCAGCUGAACCAGAUUCUUCACAUUCUGGGAACCCCCAACGAGGAGACGCUGGCGCGUAUCGGCUCUCCCCGCGCGCAGGAAUACGUCCGAAACCUUCCUUUUAUGCCCAAAAAGCCAUUCCCCAGUCUCUUCCCACAGGCCAACCCUGACGCUCUCCAUCUCCUCGACAAGAUGCUCACCUUCGACCCAUCUUCCCGCGUCAGCGUCGAGCAGGCUCUUGAACACCCAUAUCUUCACAUCUGGCACGACGCCUCAGACGAACCCGACUGCCCUACCACAUUCAACUUUGAUUUUGAAGUCAUUGACGACGUUGGCGAGAUGCGCCGCGUGAUUUUGGACGAAGUCGUGCGAUUCCGACAAAUGGUCCGAACUGUACCCGGCUCAAACUCGAUGGCCGGCCAGGGUCAACAAUCAACACCAGCACAGGUCCCUAUGCCCCAGGCUGGCGGCCAGUGGACAGCCGAAGACCCGAGACCACAGGAGUAUGUUGCUCAUGGAAACGGACUCGAACAGGAUCUCCAAGCGGGGCUGGAUGCGUCCAGGAGGUGA